AUGGCAGAUCGAGCAUGUGUGCAAGAUCUCAACAAGAGCGUGGGCUUCGACCUGGUCCUUACUUACAAGCGCCGGAGGAUAAUGCUAAGCCUAAUUCGGAAAACCAAGGAUGAAAUUGAGCAACUGGGUCUGAAGAAGAAGCUGGGGGACCUCUCUCACCGACCCAACGAAAAGCCGAGGUUCAUUGGAGUAUAUAAUGCUCUCCAUCGAACGAACGCUUUACACUUUCGAAAAGGUUUGGUCCUUCAUCAGACUGGGGACCGACGAGACCUGCAACUAGGUCACCAUGACAGACAAUCCGACGAUAACGUAUGGCGUCAAAGAUGGGGAAACAGUGUAUCUCGUGAACCAGAGCACCAACACUUGCUUGGCUGUCACGAGCGGAUCAAGCCUGAUGACGCCGUGGUCGGCAUGGCCCCGUAUGAUGGGAGACAGGGACAGCAGUGGACUAGGUCUGGGGACCAGUGGCUAUGGGGAGGAAACUCCUCAUACUGUCUGGAGCCGAUUUCUGGCACAAACAACGUAGGUCUAGGGAACACUAGCAAUUCAUCAGCUUCCUGGGUCUAUGAUGAGUCUGAGAGAAUAGUGUUGGGGUCAGAUGCUGGAUGUACCAUGGACAGAGCCGAGGACACAAGUCAUACUGUAUUCUAUGCAUGAUGCCCUUAACCAGAAAUGGUGGAU